AUGGACAGAGCUCAAGAAAUAACGCGCUCGCUGGUCGAGCCUUCGGCGCCGUCGUUGUCAGCCGAGACGGCACUGGCUACUCAGGCCACCGCUGGCGGUGGCCACCCUGCCCACAUCCAACGCCCCGACCACACCCCGGGCACCGUCAUCGCCCUCGCCACCUCCGUCUACCAGCCCCUCGCCACCAUGCUCGACAUCAUCGGCCAGACAUUGGGCGAGGCGCCUCUGCUGCGCUACGACAAGGGCGCCCGCCCCGCGCUCGUCGUCGACAGCGGCGUCUCCCAGGCCGGCGAGCGCUUCUGCAUCGCCCUCCUCUUCGCCACGUUCGGCGGCUGCGACGACAUGCGCGAGAUCGCCGAUCCUAUACGACGGUGGCUCAUUCCCGCGCGGCCGGCGGGCGGCGCAUGCGAUCGCUGGCCGCCUUGGGCGAAUGUGCCGGUGCAUAAUUUGGGUCGGGAGAUGGAGUUCGUGAUCAGCCUGCCGGUGAAUGUGUAUCAUAUUGGCGUGCAGGCAUGGGAAUGCGAGCCCUACGUGUAUGGAGGGAAGGAGCUCUGGGUAUCGAGGGGGGUCGCGGAGGCGCUGAGUCACCUCGCUGACUGCAACGCCGACGCACUGUGCAAGGAGGUUCAGACGUGCCCGGAAUACUGGGGCAUGCUCGAAUAUUUCAACGUCACGAAAACCUGGAACCCGGGCCGUCGUCAGCAGACGUGGGGCGCAGCGCUGUCCUACGAGAGACCUGAGGGCGAGGAAGAAGACGACUUACGCCCUGCGGAAGAGGGCGACUUGCAUCCUGCGGAAGAAGGCGACCUACACCCUGCGGAAGAAGACACAUUCCCCGCGUCACCGACCUUGGUUCUCAUCUCCUUGGACUCGCCUGUGACGCCCCAUUCGCGUGCGCCGUCGGGCUCUCGCGUGCCGUCAAACUCUUCAUCGCGGGCCCCGUCAGGCUCCUCUUCGCGGGCCCAGUCAGGCUCGUCGUCGCGGGCCCCGUCAGGCUCUCGUCUUCCAGCCUAUUCCUCGCCCCUCAAAUCACCCGAACCCAGAGGUCUUGUACUUAAAGACCUCGCUCCGCACGACGUGGCGCUGAGAGCGCACGCCGCUCACGACGUGGCGCUGGGAGAGUACGCCUCUCACGGCGUGGCGCUGGGAGCGCACGCCGCUCACGACGUAGAGCUUGGAGAGAUUGUCGAAGAUGAGGACGAUGAGGACGACGUCGAUAUCCUCCCCGCCCCUUUCCUCGUCACUCCGCAGAAGAUGGAGUCGGCGAGCUCGACGCUCUUUGAGUCGACGGCUUCGGGGCGCUUCGACUCGACGGCUUCGAGGUGCUUUGACUCGACGGCUUCAAGGCGGUUCGACUCGACGACAUCGAGGCGCUUCGACUCGACGACUUCGAAGCGCUUCGACCACGCGAUGGAAGACGACUUCCCGCCGACGCCCUCUCGUGCGCCAGCUCGGGCACCGUUCUCGUCGCCGACCAAGGCACCCUGCUCGGAGACUAGGGAUAUGAUCUCGUCACCAACCAGUUCUCCGUUCUCGUCGCCGACUAAAGCUCCGUUUUCGUCGCCAACUAAGGCUGCAUACUCACCGACUCGGGCUCUGUACUCGCCGACUCGCGCUCUGUACUCACCGACUCGGGCUCUGUACUCCCCGGCUCGGGAUCCGUACCUGCCUGCCGACGUUCCGCAGACUCCCAUCCGGCGCAACGGGCGUGCUCUGAAUUUUACGGAUAUUGAAGACUACGAAGCUGCCGACGAGUACAUGACUGGCAACGGGUUCAAACCUCCCGGCGGAUUCAUAGCUCCCAGCGGAUUCAUCGUCACCGAUGGCUUUAUGAAUCACUUCAUGGCUACCGACGAUUUAAUGACCCCCGAGGGCUUUACUCCUACCCAGGACUUCACGACCACCGAAAAUUUCGCGACCACCGACAGGUUCAUGACCGCCGACAACCUCGCGACAACGCCAGCGACCCCUUCACUGCUCGAACGCAUCUCGACGGCACGGACUCCCAAGCGCCGCGCGCGCAACAGGCGGCGCAAUGAUAAUGAUGCGAACACGAUCCCGCUCACACCUGAGAAGGGCAUGAACAAUCCGAACGGCGUCCCUCUGACGCCGCGGAAGCCGUACACGCCACACACACCGCACUCGUCGAAGUCAUCACCGUACACGCCGCUGAAGGCCCCUCAGCUCUCGGCGCGCGGGCAGCGCGCGUUCCAGCCGUACCCGCAGUCCUCGCCCUCGAAGGCGUACCCGCAGUUCUCGCCUUCGAAGGCGUACCCGCAGUUCUCGCCUUCGAAGGCGUACCCGCAGUCCUCGCCCUCGACAGCAGCGGGGCGAAGUCUUUUGGACCGUCUGGCCGUACCUCUCAAGGACCGGCUGGCCGGUGAGCGUAAGCUCGCGGACCGCAUCUCUGGCGCGGUGGUGCCAUCCGACGACUGA